AUGAUUCAAUACCAACACCCCAAGCUACUUUCAACUCAAGAAUCUUUAUCAGAUUCAACCACGAGCACCAUAAGCACUAAGCAAUUUAAGCCAACACACAGAUCGAAGAAGAGAAGGAGGGUUCUUUCCUUCAACCGCAACGUUCUAGUCUAUGAAGACGACAGUCAUUCCCAAGCAGAGCGAAACCAAAUGCACUAUACACGAGAAGAAAUACAGUCCUUCGCUGGAGCAACCCUGCAAUGCAUCGACAGUAUUCGACGGCUUGAAAGUCAGUCGUCACAAACAAACUCCUCGCCAAUAAUGGUUACAGGCCUUGAAGGUUUUCUUCAUCCCGAGCACAAGAAGAAGCACCGACUUCAAGGAGUCCUCGCGGUUUUGAUGGAACAAGAAAGGCAGUACAAGGAGCAAGGUCUCUUCACCCCGGUCGACUUUGAUUCCAUGUCUCACUCUUACCACAUGGCGUCACAAGAGAGUCACGAAGAAGCCCACCAAAGAGCACUGGCCCAACACAAGGUGGUAAGCAUGGCUGCCUAA